AUGCUUCAACUUGCUUACUUCUCGUUUUUGUUCGCGUAUGCUCUGGCAUAUCCAUCGACCAUCGAAAAGUAUGAGGACAUUCCGCAACAGUACCGAGAGAUCAUUCCGGAAAAAGUCGCUGAACACUUGAAAUCCAUCACGCCCGAAGAAAGGAAAGUCUUGACGGAACUCGUAAAAGAUUAUGCUAAAUACAAGGACGAAGAUGAGUUCAUGGCGGCGCUGAAGGAGAAAUCAGAGAGCCUACACGAGAAGGCCAAAAAACUUCACGAUAUGCUCAAGGAAAAAAUUGAUGCACUCGGAGACGAAGCGAAAGAAUUUGUGAAGAAGGUAAUGUCUAUAAUUCCAGAUAUUCUUUUUCUAAAACUAGGCACAAGAGAAAUAGCGAAACACACUUGGAGCUCUGAGCUUUCUACUUUCGAUCCUUUCGCUUUCUUUCUUUAA